CUGCAAUCGUUACACGUCAAUUUUUUGUGACAAAAUUUGUGGGAAAUUCUUAAUUCUUGAAAGUUUGUUAUAAUUAGUUGAGUGGAAAUAAACUAUAAAUAUGGGAUUAACAAUUUCCAGUUUGCUGACGCGGCUUUUUGGCAAAAAACAAAUGCGCAUUCUAAUGGUUGGCCUGGACGCUGCCGGAAAGACAACCAUUCUGUACAAAUUGAAGUUGGGCGAGAUUGUGACAACCAUUCCGACAAUCGGCUUUAAUGUAGAAACCGUCGAGUAUAAAAAUAUAUGUUUUACCGUUUGGGAUGUUGGCGGCCAAGACAAAAUUCGACCGCUUUGGCGCCAUUACUUUCAGAAUACGCAAGGACUCAUUUUUGUAGUCGACUCCAAUGAUCGUGAUCGUAUUACUGAGGCUGAAAAGGAACUUCAAAAUAUGCUUCAAGAAGAUGAGCUGAGAGAUGCGGUUCUGUUGGUCUUUGCCAACAAACAGGAUCUUCCGAAUGCCAUGAGUGCUGCCGAGCUAACUGAUAAGUUGCAUCUUAACCAAUUGAGAAACCGUCAUUGGUUUAUUCAAUCGACUUGUGCAACCCAAGGACACGGUUUAUAUGAAGGACUUGAUUGGCUAUCAGCGGAAUUGGCCAAAAAAUGAUAGCCUCAUUGGAACUGCAAUGUAUUUCGACCGAGCGCGCUAGGAUUUUGUUUUUCUUAUAACUAAAAAAUCAAUUACUAUUGAUUAGAUUCUAAAUAAAUAUGUAUGUGUAUAAGUUGAA